GACACCGCGCAUGCGCCUUCGCCGGUCGACGGAAGGUGGGAAAAUUCAUACAUGUUGUGGCUCUGCAAACCUAAUUUAGUAUAAACAUGCUUUUGGGAGGUAGUUCGUAAGGUCGCGUCGUGGCAGAGCGGAGGAACACACUCCUGCGGUGAUAACACUAACACUGCAUAAGGGCCAAGAUUAUUUACCAAGCAGCAAGACAGCUAUACACCGCAGUGGAGGCUGACGGCUCCUGGAAGAUAAACUAAUCUGAAGAGGUGGGGCAGUCCUGAGCAUCAUCACACGUCCUCUGAGUGAGUUUCUCUGAGAAUCCAACAUGAAGGUCGCGGUCGAAGGCUGCUGCCACGGUGAGCUGGACAAGAUCUACGAGACUAUCGGCUACCUGGAGAAGAAGGAAGGGGUGAAGGUGGAGCUGCUGCUGUGCUGUGGCGACUUCCAGGCGGUGCGAAAUGAGGGAGACAUGAAGUGCAUGGCGGUGCCAGCCAAAUACAGAAUGAUGCAGACCUUCUACAAAUACUACUCUGGAGAGAAGAAGGCUCCAAUCCUGACCAUCUUCAUCGGAGGGAACCACGAGGCAUCCAACCACCUGCAGGAGCUGCCUUAUGGAGGCUGGGUGGCCCCCAACAUUUACUAUCUGGGUUAUGCUGGCAUCAUUCGCUACAAGGGGAUUAGGAUUGGAGGCUUGUCAGGAAUCUUCAAAUCACAUGACUACAGAAAGGGUCAUCAUGAAUUCCCUCCAUACAACCCUGAGACUCUGCGAAGCGUAUACCACAUCCGAAACAUUGAGGUCUUCAAACUAAAACAGAUCCAGAUGCCCAUCGACAUCUUCAUGAGCCAUGACUGGCCUCGUGGGAUCUACCACUACGGCAGCACCGAGGAGCUGUUGCGUAAAAAGAAGUUUUUGCGUCAGGAGGUGGAGUCGAACACCCUGGGAAGUCCUGCCGCUGCGGAGCUCUUAGCCCACCUCCAGCCCAGCUACUGGUUCUCUGCACAUCUCCACGUCAAAUUUGCUGCCAUUAUGCAGCAUCUGCCCAAAGGUAAAGCCGCCCCACGUACAACUAAAUUCCUGUCCUUGGAUAAAUGCCUGCCCUAUAGGGAAUUCUUACAGAUUGUGGAUAUUCCAGAGAGGCCAGGUUCGUCUGAUGGCCUGGAGUAUGAUCCGGAGUGGCUGGCUAUUCUGAAGGCCACCAACAGUCUGCAGAGGACCACCCCUCACAACUGGAACCCCCCGCAGAAUAACGGCCUGCAUGAACGAUGGGACUUCAGCGCUUCAGAAGCUGCCAUGAUGGAGGUGGUGGAGGAGCUGAACGGUGAGCUCGCUAUUCCAGAAAAUUUCAGCCAGACUGUACAACCGUAUGACCCUGCCAAGCCCCAGCUGCACGCCAGCCCCAGCUGCAGCACCAACCCCCAGACGACCGAGCUCUGUGCCACCCUAGGCCUCACAGACAUCUACGCCCGGGUCGGGCAGGGUGCCGAUGACUCAGGAACAGGUCAGGGUGGCGCCGGAGGGGAGGAGGAAGACGAGGCUGAUGAUGGACACAGCACAGGGAGUAUUGACGAGCCCAGUGAGUAUCCAACAGAUACAUCGGCGUUGUCGAGCUCGUAUAAUCCCGAUGAGAUCAUGAUAGAGGAUGAGUGGGAGGAGGAAGAGGGUGGAGAGCACAAGGGAGAGGUUAAGAGUGAGUCUUUUUCAAAGGGAGCAGCGAAAGGAGACGAGCGCUCUGAUUGUUCUAUAGAUGAGUCCCCGAAACCCGGCCGUAUGGUUCUGCCAGAGCCCAAGUCUGACGCCUCACCCGUUCGCUUCUCCUUGCCCCUGAAUCUGCCCCCUCCCUCCCAUUCUACCCCUGCCCCGGCCCGGUCGCAGCCCUCGGCAGACAGGGAAGGACUCUUGGAAGGUGAUGCUGCAUCAGCGGCCCGCAUCCCCAAACGUACCAGUGAUGAGACGACUGAUGCCGGCAGCACUGGCACGACUCCCAGGAUCAAACGCAGGAACCAGGUCAUUUACACAGCAGUGGAGGAUGAGGAGAGCGAGAAUUAGCAGCCACAAUGAGAUGAGAAAAGUGGACUGAUUCCCUGUCAUUUGUCCCUAAGUGUAUAAUUUUCAGUUUGUCGAUAUGGAUUUGUAAAACCUAGGAUUAGUUUAUGUCCUGCCUUUUAUACAAUGCAAUAAUACUGACAUGUAGACCAAAGUUCUACUGCAAAUGUUCGGUAAAACCGAGAGGUAGGGAUUUAUUCAAAUGCUCAAAAGCAAAUUGUACAGGCGGGUGAAAGAGCUUUAGCUGUUUAUGGACUUUUUACAGAAAAAAGGAAAGACUUGCCAUACAAUUGCCAUCGUCUCUUGAAAUAAUCAUGGCCUGGCUUUUUUUUUUUUAUAAAUGCCACUUUUAAUUGACGGAACAAAAAAAGAAAUGUUUUAGGAGAGGGAUUUUUGAUUCCUGUGUUUAAAAUGUAUUUUUAAGUUAUGAUUGGACUUAUGAUUCUGCUGUCUGUAGUCACCAAAAAAAAAAAAAAUAGGAGUGAUUAAAGAAAACAGAUUUCAGAACACAUUCUAUUUUCUGCUGAAUUACUGAGU